AUGGCGGAAAGCACCACGAUGAUCCCACCAGGUCGAUUGCCAAGCAGCACAGUGACCGAUGCAGCCUACGAAACAUCUCCAUUGGACUCGAAUUCGAACUUUGGAAGCGGAGAUCAAAACGACAUCGACAUCUACAAUCAGCAGUACCCAUCUGCGCAAAGAAGGAACGAGCCUUGGGCAGCACCGGAAGCGGUUAUGGCCAGACCAGGAUUUCGAAGAUAUAGUCAGGAGACGAGAGAGGCAGGUGAAGCGCUAUUCUCAAUCUCAAACCACCAUCGAACGGCAUCUCAUCAAUCGCUGCCGAUGCAACCACAAUGGUCACAGCCACCGAGCACGCAGCACUCUCAGAGGAGCGCAAAGCCAGCUGCCGCAGUAGCACCCGAAACCGGCUCUACGCAGUUUCCCAAGCAUUUAUUCUGCACUGGUGUAAAGCCGACACAACGUUCAGCGCAACACGGUUCCAAGAGUAAGGCUGCGGAUGUCUUAAACUCUCGUGACUGGAUUUUCAUGCUGAAAAGCGGCCGAUACUUGGUCACAAAUUGCAACCAGGCUCGAAACGACCUAGAACGCUGGAUGCCACACCGCACAUGGAAGGCUUCACCUCAUUGGGCUUCAGAAACAUUUUACAUGAACGCUUUCCGGAGCGGCGGACUGUAUAGCUUAGUAGAGCUCAGCUUUACUCGAGGAAUUCCUGCUAUGCAAACACGAGCCUACCCUCCACCAAGACCUUUGCGUCAAGCGGCGACAACUCCUUCAGCCUCAAUAAGAGACGGAAAGCUUCCUGAAGUUUUGAUACAGGAACAUGAGGUACUUGAGAGAAGGAGACAAGUUCGGAAGGAACUUUUACACGCGAUGCCUUUGCUGGUUUCGGAAGAACCGACUCUCUCCAGCGAUUCUGCUCUUGCUUGUGCCAAGCUGAAGCACAGGAAGCAACGUGAUACACAGUUAGCCAAUCCUGAGAAAUUUGGUGUGACCCGCGCCUACUGGGGAAGCGAGAUCGUGCUUCUCUUGAGCGUUAUCAAUCAGCCAAGCAAUCAGCCAAGCAAGGGCGUUCACCUGGAAACAUCAGAGAUUGCCUAA